ACAACAGACAAAAUGGUGGAACGUUAACUGUUUAUGAUACAGUCGAGAGUAUGGCGAGUUCUAAAUCUCUGCGUCGUGCCCAGGUCCUCGUUACUUACACGUGUUCUCUGUGUGACAGUGUAGACAACGUAAACUGUUAUUGUAACGACUGUCAAGUGGCGUUGUGUGAUCGCUGUAAGGAAGUCCAUACACGCGGGAAGAAAACUAGAAACGAUGACGUCGUAUCGAUAGGAAAGGCCAGCCGCCAGGAAGAUAAGCCUGUACCAGAGGUAUGUAAACUACACCCAGGUAAACUCUGUGAUCUCCACUGCGCCGACUGCAAUGAGAUGUUAUGUUCAAUAUGUGUAUCUAAAACGCAUAAACAUCACAAUUGGAAACAUUUGGAAGAAACGCUUCCAGCAGUAAAGGAACAGAUCAAGGAACAUAUGGGGGCAAUAUCCGGGAAAAUAGAACUUUUCAAAAACGAGAUUUCAAAGCUGCAUCGUGCUAACAAAGCAUCCAUCGACAACAUUGACACAACUCGUAAACAUGUAAAUGCUCAAAGGUCUGAAUUAAUAGCAGAAGUAAAUUCAGUCGCGGAUGCAGUGCUUGAUGAGUUAUCGGCCUUGGAGAAGGAAGAAUCGGUGGCACAUAAAACAGAUUGUCAACAAUAUGAGGAAAAGGUUCAAGAGCUGACACUUUUACAUGGAAAGGCGGAAGCAACGAAAACAAAUAGAUCAAUUAUAUCGUUAUUGGAAAUAGAAAAGUCAAUGAGGACAUUUCUGCCCCGGUAUGACGUCAAUGUGGCGGCUGUUUUACCGAAACAACCUGGAUUUGUGGCAGGAGGUGUCGACCGUGCCAUGUUGACGAAAAUGUUUGGUGAACUACAUCGCGGUAACCACUACGAGAAGAUAGACAUCAACAGUCAACAUGUUACACGCCUCUCUAAGUUUACUGUUACUCAACGACGUCAAAUAUUCAGUAUUUGUCCAGUCGACAAUCACGCCUGGUUAUCAAUGGACGGAUACGCGGGUCUGUUACUGGUCAGUAGGGAGGGUGUGGUCGUAGACACAGUAAACCUUAACUUCAACCCGUACAGUAUCGCCGCGGUCGGUACAACAGCCAUACUUAUGAUCAGUAAUCCAUUACAAACCGUUAUAUAUAAAAUGUCACUACACAACAAACAAAUGACAGCAUUUGCCAACACCAGUCCACAUAACGCAAGUGCCAUCGGCAUCAACAAGACAGGCGAGGUGUUUGUUUGUACUGGGGCACGAGAUAUAGUGGUGCUGAACCAGUUCGGUACGAUUGUAAAGAAGCUGGCCAUCACUGUGUAUGGAUUGUGUAUCGUCUGCUUGUCAUUUGGUAUAGCUGUAUCAGGAGAAAAUGGUAACUAUAUGUAUAUAGGUAUAGCUCCGAAAGUAUUCAUAAUGGACGAGUCAGGUAAGGCCAUACUGACAUGGUCAGGUGAACUGGACAAUGGUCAGCAACUUACCAAAAUGCAUCUUUGUAAGAUGUCAUGUGACAAGUACGACAGAUUGUUUGUACCAGACUUUGAAAACCAUCAGGUGUAUGUCCUACCUAGGAAUGGUACACAGGCCACGCGUCUUCUGGACCAGAAACAUGGAGUGGUCGAAACCUACCGCGACGAGCGUGGACACGUGUGGGGACGUAUGGAUCGGUUGUGUUGACGGUACUGUACACGUCAUGCGACUAUGAACUAUGACACGGACUGUCAAUAAAGUGUGUAAUAUCAUCAAUUGUAUCAAAA